UUCGAGCGUUGAAAACGCGUCAUCUCUUUUCAUGGGCCAAAAAGGGCACAUUGCUGAUUGCCCUCUCGGGCUUCACUACGCACACUGAUGCAGCCGCAAGGAAGCCACGGCGACGACCUCGAAUUGACUUAUGGCAACCAUUCUCCUUAUAUAAACCGCCAUUACCAGAACCUUCACCCACCAAGCUUCUCAUCCAAGCUCUAAACACCAAUCUCUCAAACUUCCCACAUCUCGCCCUACUCGAUUCCAUCCCUCCUCUGAAGCACACUCACUCACUCUGUUUUCCCCUCCUUCUCGUCCAAAGGCAAAAUGAAGCAGGUUGUGGUUCUUAAGCUGGAUCUGCACGACGACAGAGACAAGCAGAGAGCGAUGAAGAAAGUCACAGGGAUCUCAGGGGUAGACUCGGUGUCGAUGGACAUGAAAGACAUGAAGAUGACGGUGGUCGGAAACGUGGAUCCGGUGAAGAUAGCGAGCAAGCUCAGGAAAGUGUUCCCGACGGAGGUAGUCUCGGUGGGCCCACCGAAGCAGCCGGAGAAGAAGAAGGAAGACCCGCCUCCGACGGCGGCAGGGAAGAAAGAUGAAGGAAAAGACAAGAAGAACCCUUCUGCUCCUCCCGUCGUCCCCUAUUAUUACGCUCCUCAGCCUCAAGUCAACGGUGGUUACUAUUACCACAAUUACCCUUAUCAACAACAGAAGGGGUACAACAAUUACCCUUACCAAUACGGCGCCGCUCACGUUCCGGGGGAAGAUCCAAAUGCUUGCGUCAUCUGUUAGACGGAACUCAAUCAUGCACAAAGAACAGUCUGAUCUGGGAAAGGGCUGCCAAGUUUGUGUAAAUAAUGGCGCGGCUGUUCAAGGGUGGAGGCUGUAACUAAACUUCAAAAAGUAGUUACUGGAAUUUUUGUAUUUUCUUCUUCUUUUUCCCGUUACCAAUGAGUGACGACCCCCAGAUUCAUUUCUUGAAUUUAAUGAAUUAUUGUUGCAUUAUUAAGGAUUAUUUUUCCUAUUAUUAUUUUAUCUGUAUGUUUAGGUACAAUUUUCUGCGGUUUGCAUUCAUUUUCCGUUUCCCUUAUUGUUUAUGGUUUUUUCCCCC